AUGUUCAAGUCCCUCCUUACCACGGGACUGCUGGCCGUCGCGGCCACGGCCCAGCAGACGUCGGCCUAUGUCGACUCUGCCACUGAGAUCAGCUUCCAACGUUACACCGAUAAGUCGGGCUUCUCCUUCGGUGUCGCCCUCCCCUCCACCGUCGGCAAGGACUUCAUCGGUCAGAUCUCUGCCCCCAUCACCGCUGGUUGGGCUUCCGUUUCCCUCGGCGGUCCCAUGACCAACAAGCUUCUCGUCGUUGCUUGGCCCAACGGAAAGUCCGUCCAGACCUCUCUGCGCAAGGCUACCGGAUACACCAACCCCGAUGUUGUCACCGACUCCAGCAUCACCUUGAAGCCCAUCGAGUCCGGUAUCUCCGUCAACGAGACCGCCUUCACUUACACCUUCUUGUGCGAGGGUUGCAUCACUGGUAACUCUGACUCCUUCACUGGCACUGCCGACAGCACCACCUUCGGCUGGGCCUACAGCACUACUGCUCUCUCCGACACCACCAGCUCCUCCGUUGCUCUCAACUACCACGGCGCCGGCUUCGGUCUCUUUGGCGCUAACCUCGCCGAUGCCAAGUCCGCUGACUACGCCACCUGGGCCGGCAAGGCCUCCGACGCCGUCACCACCCCCGGAACCGGCGGCAACGGAACCGCCCCCGCGACUCCCGCUAACAUCACCACCACCAUCUCCAACGCCACCUACGACUACAUCGUUGCGGGCGGUGGUGCUGCCGGUCUGAUUGUUGCUCAGCGUCUCGCCGAGUCUGGCUCCAGCGUCCUUCUCGUCGAGCGCGGUGGUGUCUCUCUGGCUUCCACCGGUGGCAAGGCUACCAUGGACUGGAACAACACCGUUACUCAGUACGAUGUCCCCGCCAUGGGCUACUACCUCUCAACCGCCAAGGAGACCGACGAGUACUGCACCGACACCGCCAGCAUGGCUGGAUGCAUUCUCGGUGGUUCCACCAUGGUCAACGCCAUGAUGUGGGUUAAGCCCCCUGCCCAUGACUUCGACGACAAGUGGCCUACCGGCUGGAAGUGGAGCGAGGUUGAGGAGUCUGCCAACAAGCUCUACGAGCGUACUCCCGGAACCAUUCUGCCCAGCAAGGACGGCAAGCGCUACGACCAGGGCGCUUACGAUGUCAUGUCCCAGUGGCUCUCCAGCAACGGUUGGUCCGAGGUUGACGCCCUUGCCGAGCCCGACAAGAAGGAGUCUGUCUUCACCCACCCCCCCUGGUUGAUCGAGAAUGGUCUCCGUGGCGGCCCCGUCCGUGACUACCUCCCCCUGGCCCAGGCUCUCCCCAACUUCAAGCUCCAGCUCAACGCCAAGGUCGUCCGCGCUGUCCGCAACGGCACCACCAUCUCCGGUGUCGAGAUCGAGACUGGCAAGAACACUCGCCAGAUCGUCAACCUCAAGGCCGGUGGUGCCGCCAUCCUCUCCGCCGGUGCCCUCUCCACCCCCCGUAUCCUUUUCAACAGUGGUAUCGGCCCCAAGGAGCAGAUCCAGACCGUCAAGAGCGGUUCCACCCAGGUUACCCUUCCUGCUGAGGCUCAGUGGAUUGACCUCCCCGUUGGCCAGAACCUCAAGGACCACCCCAUCUUCACCGUCACUCUGAAGACCAAGUCCACCCUCAACUCUCUGGCCAGCACCGCCUUCACCUCCCCCAGCCAGACUGACGUCGACAUGUUCGCCCAGGGCUCCGGUCUCCUCUCUCAGGCCGGCCAGCGUCUCAACUUCUGGACCAGCGUCGAGGGUUCCGACGGCCAGAAGCGCUACGUCCAGGGCACCGUCAACUCCCCCAGCAACAACACCAUCAAGAUCAAGGUCUACCUUACCCACGGUCUGACCUCCGUCGGUUCCCUCGGCAUCUCCGCCGACGGAGCCACCAAGUUCAUCACCGAGCCCUACCUCACCACCGACGGCGACAAGGAAGCCAUCACCUCCUUCAUGAACCAGAUCAUCUCCUACGCCUCCAAGUCCAACAGCACUCUCACCCUGUCCGGCAACGUCACCGCCGAGAGCCUCAUCUCCGAGCACACCACCGGCAGCCACUACGUCGGCAGUGCCAUCAUGGGUACCGAGAACGACGGCAAGAGCGUCGUUGACACCAACACCAAGGUCUGGGGCACUGACAACCUGUACGUCGUUGACGCCUCCAUCCACCCCGACCUGCCUACCGGCAACACCCAGGCCAUUGUCAUGGUUGCUGCCGAGCACGCCGCCAAGCAGAUUCUGGGUGGUGCCGGUUCCGGCUCUGGCUCUGGCUCUGGCUCUGGCUCUGGCUCUGGCUCCGGUUCUGGUUCCGGUUCCGGUACUGGAUCUGGAUCCGAGUCCAGCUCCGGCUCCGACUCUAGCUCUGGCAACGAGGGCAAGGCCGGCUGCAAGCGCUCUACUAGACAGCUGAAGCGUCUCCAGCGCUUCCGCCGCUCUCACCGCUUCUAA